AUGGGGCAAAUAAGAACUGAGUUUUUCAGUGGCCACAGAGUAGUGGUAAAUGCCAGAAGUGAGAUAGAACAACCAAAGUUUAGACUUGAGAGAUGCCAAAAAGUGAAAGGAUUAUGUAAAACAUUUUGUGAUGACGACGAAUAUGAUUAUGGAUACUGCAUCAGAUGGAGAAAUCAGUGCUGCAUAUAA